GGAGCAUGGUUUUUAUUCUCGAUUGGAGGUAGAGCUCCCAGAUGCUUUUGGAAAUGUUCUCCCUCUCUCCUACAUCAGCAGUAAAAUCACCUCCACUCACUCUCCCUUCAUUCUCCCGUUCCAUUUCCUCCCGACUUCCUCUCCCUCCCAUCCCAAAACCCCUAAUAAGAUCCUUUCAUUUCCGAAUUCUCUCCCUCGACGCCGCCCAACCUUUCGAUUACGAGUCCCGACUCAAGCAUGAGUACCUCCAGUCAACCUCCCUCAAGAUAGCCAUCAUCGGCUUUGGCAAUUUUGGCCAGUUCCUUUCCAAGACCUUCCUCCGUCAUCACCACACCGUCCUCGCCUACUCCAGAACCGAUUACACCCAGCUCGCCAAAUCACUCGGCGUCUCCUUCUUCACCGACCCCCACGAUCUCUGCGAGCAGCAUCCCGAAGUUGUUCUCCUUUCCACCUCCAUCCUCUCCACCGAGAAUGUACUUCGACAGAUCCCUUUUCAGAGGCUGCGCAGGAACACCCUGUUCGUCGAUGUUCUCUCCGUGAAGGAAUUCCCCAGGAAUCUUCUUGUCAAGUAUUUACCCCAAGAUUUUGAUAUCCUGUGUACGCAUCCAAUGUUUGGACCAGAAAGCGGCAAGGAUUCCUGGGCAGGGCUUCCUUUUGUGUAUGAUAAGGUCAGGAUUGGAAAUGAGGAGGGCAGGGUCAGCAGAUGUGAGAAGUUUCUUGAUAUUUUUGCCAAGGAAGGGUGUAGAAUGGUUGAGAUGAGUUGUGCCGAGCAUGAUAGGUAUGCAGCAGGGUCGCAGUUUGUGACCCACACGAUGGGGAGGUUGCUGGUGGAGUUUGGUUUGGAGUCUUCCCCGAUUAACACCAAGGGGUACGAAACUCUAUUGAAUUUGGUGGAGAAUACUAAUGGGGAUAGCUUUGACUUGUAUUAUGGGUUGUUUAUGUAUAACCAGAAUGCUUUGGAGCAGCUGGAGAGGUUGGAUAUGGCCUUCAAGGCAAUUAAGAAGGCGUUGUUUGAGCAGUUGCAUCAAGUGUAUAGGAGGCAGUUGUUUGGGGAUUCAGUAGAGGCAGAGAGGGUUUCCCCACAGAAGCUCCUUGGCAACGGAGCUCCUGUUUUACCUCCUUCAGACUAUGAGAGCCAACAAGGGUCUUAAAAGAGACUUUGUUUUUGAGAUCUUCAUAGCUGGAUAAGAUUAGCCUUAGAGAAUGGGUUGAAAAGGUUAGAUCCCUGCAUCCAGAGCAAACAAUUAAUGGCAAUUCUCCCAAGAGAAUAAUCUACUUUGCCUCAACCACUAUUUUCUUUUAAAACAUUAGCCAAUCUAAAUUUAAUGAGAUGUUCUUUGGACCAGGCCUUAAUCUUUAUUGAGUUCCCCAAGGAAGUUGUCUCUGGAAUAUUGCCAAAGCUCCCAAAAUUUGGAAGAAUGGUGACUGCACUUUGCUUCAGCAAUUUGUUCCCUAAGCCUGUUUGAGUUUCAAGUCUAUCCACAUUUCUAAUUUCUUUGUUGCCCUACCGUUUAUGUUAAUUAUGGUUCCCAUAUUUUUUGAGUUAGUGAUUGCAUCUCAAACUAUUCAAUGUGUUUAUAUUUAUGUGAUGCACCAACCUUGGUUGAUCACCAAUGUUGAUGGUUGUGAUCACUUGGAAUUAUUGUAUUUGCUAUCUAAUACAAUUACAGAAAGUAAGUUGCAUUCCCUUCUUUCAAAACUAACCCUCAUUGAGGAACUCUAUCUUUGUUGUCGUCAUGAUCAAAAGAAAACGGAUUUCAAAUCCAUGAUUAAGGUGAUAGAUUGUUGUUGCAAUUUGAAAACCUUGGUUUUGUACUAUUUGGCCACAAAGAGAACUUUUCACAAUCUUAUCUCCAAAUUUUCUUUGCUUGAGAAUCUCUGGAUCUCUGGAUGGUUGACUGUCUCAAUUUAGAAAGGCUUAAGUUUCUGUAUCUUCGACCUAAGAGGCUGCAUGUUGCUAGAUGCUGUAAAUUGAAAGCUGUGAAGGUUGAUGGUAUCCAGUUAGCAUUUUUCAAUCCAAAAUAAUUAAUUAAUUCCUUUAAUCUUCUGAAACUUUUAUUGAAGCAGAGCCUAAGAAGAGGCUUCAUGCAAACACAGUGGUAAUUUUAGAAUAUAUAAAUGUUUUAUUUGAAGCACUGAUUUAAUUCAGCUGUUCCAGCUACUAAGCUUCUCUUGGUUUUAAGAUGAUACCUAGUUGAACAUGAUGCAGAUACGAGUUAACUCUGUCUAGUUUCUGUGAUUUAGAGAAUAAUAUAAAAAAUGUAAAUAAAGGAUUUGGCCUCAAUACAUAGAGUAUUGGAAGGAUCAUUGGGCAAAGGAAGAUGGUGUUGCCUGCGCUCCCUUCGACAGGAAACGACGAAAGUUGGAUGAUGUAAAUUGUAGAAUUAGAUGAGAUCAAAGAAAACAUGAGGCGUGGAAUCACACUUUUGGUUCAAGUGAUUUGUUCUCAAUUCUUAAUGCAUUUGGGUUAGUUGACUGGGUUUUAAAUCUUCCUAAUACAAGAAAACUUUCUUC